UAGGAAUCAUGCAAGUACUGAAAUGGAUGCGUUUACUGGAUGCGUUCUAGUGAGCAUAAUGGAUUUUAUCGGUAUAAGUUUUAGUAAAGAUCUGUUGAAUCUGGAAGAGGAUUCAUUAACCGAUGUUGAGAAAGCAAAUAGCUUAUGGCGAAAAGCUAACAGAGAAAGAAAGACAUCGGCACCAACAUCAUCACCAGCUUCAUCACUAGCUUCAUCACCAGCUUCAUCACGAGCAUCAUCGCCAUCACCAUCAAUGUCGGUAUCAUCAUUGGGAAAGAGGCAAAGAGAAUCAGAUAUAAUAGACGCCCCUGCAAAGAAGCAAUACGUCCCGGAUAUAAAUUGCUUCUGUCCGAGUGUGGAUGUGCCUUUGCAAGCCAAUGGGUUCGUAAAUACUCUAGAAGUAUUAAAAUCCGCCGUUCGUACAUUUGACCAAAAGACGAUUGCCUUGGGCUCCACCCGCUCCUAUAAAUGUUCAAACCAUCUGCAAGUGGAUUCCAAGUGUAAUGAAAGUGUUCCAAGAGAGAGUGUUUACGAUGCAGAGAUGUAUAGAAUCCUGCAUAAUUGGCUUGCAAAGGUGCAUAGGUUCGAAAUAACUACUCAGUGGCAUCUAGAAGGAAUUGGUAACGAUGGAGAUUGGCACCAUUUUUAUUGCGACCUGACGAUAAAAAAACCAGAUAACCCCUAUCCUGAGGUAAUUCUUGAAUUACAGGCAACGGGAUCCAUCCCUACACUUAUAACCCAUUUUAAUCGGGCAAUAACAUAUGCCGACCAGCUUCAUUCUCAGGAAAUUUGGAUCGUACAUUUUUCUAGGGAGGAUUCUGUGGUAUCUGAUCCGUACUGGCCUUUUGCUAAAUUACAGGAUAGGAGGUUAAAUAUCACUCACUUCUGGCAUGAUAAGGACUUCAAGAAUGUGAGGAUGAGUGCCAGAUUUUGGGAUACUACUGCCAGCCUGGUGUUCUGUGGUUUUUCUGAUGACGAUGAUGAAGGUUAUUAUUAUGAUUUCAAUACUGGUAAAACUUAUACAAAAUCAGAACAUCGUUAUUCAAUCCGCGCAUAUUAG